AUGGUUAUCACACGUAGCCAGAGUGACUUGACGGAGUUGGAGGAGCAGAGGCGGGCCUCUGAACGACGAGACCCGGGCCUGCUCGCAUCACUGCAGCGUCGGGAAGCGGAGAGGAUAGCUAGGGAGCGGAUGCGUCGCCUCUCCAUGGACCCGCCGGCAUCACCGCAGGUAGAACAAUCCACUUUAUUAGCCACUGAGCAUGCUGUCGCUGGACCUUCAUCUAGGUCAGUGAGGUCGACUACCAGCGCGACCACGCGCUUAAGGCUUGCCGAGUUAGAGGCAGCUGAAAAGCUGGCUGCUCUCACCCGUCGAGAGCUGGAAAUGGAAGCUGAACUGGUGAAAAAGCGGCUUGCCGCUGAAGUAUCUGUAAUUCAGGACGAUCAGGAGAGCGUGCAGGACGAGGCCCUGCACGAUGAUCACCAGCACCAGCAUAAUAAGGUAAGCCAGUGGCUGAAUACCCAUACCCCCGCUGCACGGGGGGAGGGGGCCGCACAUACUGCGGAAGAACACAGACCAGCGCGAGAUGAACGGCCGCGGGAGAGGUCGCCGUCUAGAAAUAGAAAUAGUAUAGAUCAACUUGCUGUAACAUUGGAAAAGAUGGCGCGCCCUCGGCUGAGGCAUACGGACCUGCCGGCGUUCUCUGGAACGGUGAGUGAGUGGCUUGCAUUCAAGGCAGCCUUCAAUGAUACUACCAAUAUGUAUACAGUGUCCACGGCUGAGAACCUUCAGCGGCUCAGGACGUGCCUCAAGGGCGAGGCACGGGAGGCGGUAGCAGCACUGCUGCAUACAGCAACUGAUCCGGCUGUAAUAAUGAGGACGCUGGAACAGUGUUUUGGCCGGCCAGAAAUGAUUAUCGACAAGGCGCUGGACGAGUUGAAACGCGUGCCGCGGCCCGGAUCUUCGGCGGCAGAGUUAAAUAGCUUUGCAGUUAAGUAUGAAAUGACAUUACGAAUCGAAGUGAAAUGCGAGUUGUUGAUCGAGUUUUAUAGAAUCCCAAUACUGAGAUCGAGAUGGUGUGACUUCGCCUGCGAUAACGAGGGUACUGCGGAGCCAGAGAUAUGUAGCCUAGCACGUUUUUUGAUGCGCGAGGCGGACAGGGCGCUGAGAUAUACUUACUCAACAGUAGCGAGCGCCUCGACUGCCGGUCAGAAACGGGAGGUCCGGCCUGCAGCAUCUAAGUUCCCAGUCACCGGCAAGAAAAAGCAAGGUGCAGUAUAUGCCGCUAUUGAGACAGCGGCCGAUCAAUGUUUCCUAUGUAAAGAAAACCACGCGCUGACACAGUGCCCCAAAUAUAAGGCCAUGGAUAUAGGCCAGCGCUGGGAGUUUGUUAAAGAAAACGGCAUUUGCUUUAAAUGCGCCGUCAAGAAACAUCGGCGCGUCUUAUGCCGGGCAAAGCCGUGCGGCCAGAACGAGUGCCGCCGGCCGCAUCACGUGACCUUACACUCCGAUCCUCCUGCCAAGAAGGAGGAAACAGUCACACCCAAGACACAGGCGGAGGAAGCAGUAAUGUCGGUAGCCAACCGAGCCGCCGCCGACAAUAGGGCCGUCCUGUUGAAGAUGUGCCCCGUGGUCAUAGGAGGACCACGGGGGGAGGUAAGGACCCACGCGCUCCUCGAUGAAGGAGCAACUAUCACAUUAAUUGACAGCAGCCUGGCAGAAAGUAUUGGCGCAGAAGGCACCGUGCGGCCACUGCACAUCUGCGGCGUCAACAUGUCCUCGCAGGAGGAGGACAGCCAGGUGGUCACCAUUAAGAUAAGAGGGGUGGGCAAGGAGUGCUCGCCCCACCAGCUUCAAGCAAGGACAAUUAAGGAUCUGAAGCUGCAUCAGCAAACAGUGCCGGCGUCGCUGCUUGGUUAUAAGCACCUGCGGGACCUGCCAGCAAAUGAGGUUUGUUACGCGCCUACACGUCCAGGAGUAUUGAUUGGAACGGAUCACUGGGAACACAUUGUCUCGCGGGAACUCCGGGUCGGAGGUCCGAACCAACCUGCUGCAUCAAGAACACAGCUGGGUUGGGUGGUGCACGGAACAGCACCUCGAACGCUCGUGGCCACUGAAGGUGGAGUACUACAUAUUCAUGAACGAGACAUGAAAGGUGAUAAUCAACUUCAUGAACUUGUGGAGGCGCAUUUCAAGAUCGAGGCCCUAGGUGUCACUCACAAGCCAAGAGUGAGCGACGCGGACCGUCGAGCACAGGCCAUUGUGGAGGCCACAACCACAGCCAUCGAGGGCGGCUACCAAGUGGGGCUGCCGUGGCGAGAAGACGCAGUGUCCAUGCCGCCUAGCUAUAAGGCGGCACUACGAAGACUGGUCAAAAUUGAACAGAAGAUGGACGCCACGCCUGAAUUCGCGGUGCAAUAUACAUCGCAAAUAGAUAACCUACUGGAUAAAGGUUAUGCAGUGCCAUGCGACGGGACGGAGAAGGCCAGCCCAAGUGCUGCAGCCCGAAGCAAUGGUGUGUGUCUUAACGACGCACUCCUGGAAGGCCCCGAUUUACUGCUCUCCCUCCCAGGCAUUAUAUUCAGAUUUCGAGAGAAGGCUGUGGCCAUCACAGCUGAUAUCCAAGAGAUGUUCUUGCGUAUAAAAAUACGCCCCGAAGAUCAGCCAGCUCAGCAGUUCCUCUGGAGAGGAAAGGACAGAAGCAGCCCGCCUCGAGAAUACAAGAUGACAAGUAUGAUAUUCGGCGCGGCGAGCUCUCCAUUCAUGGCGCAUUAUGUGCGCAACCACAACGCUGAGCUGCAUGGCGAGGAGUGCCCGCUGGCACUAGACGCCAUCACACGCCAUCAUUACAUGGACGAUUUGGUGGUAAGUUAUGAUAACGCCGACGAGGCACACACUGCAGUACAAGAGUUACAGAAAGUACACGCCGUCGCCGGGUUCACGCUGCGAGGAUGGAGCUCCAACGAUCCAGGAGUUCUGCGCAGCGUGCCUUCAGAGCUGCACACUACUGCACCUACACAACUGGGUGGUGAGUUGCCUGCCAGCAAGAUAUUAGGCCUAUACUGGAGCGCUGAACGUGACGAGCUCGGGUUCAACACCGCGAUGAACCGCGUGCCAGCCGAGGUGCGCAACCGAAAGCGCGCACCAACGAAGAGAGAGGCUUUGAGCGCAGUCAUGUCAAUCUAUGACCCGCUUGGGCUUCUAAGUCACUACACAGUAAGGGCGAAGAUUAUCCUUCAGAACCUAUGGAGGCUCCAAAUGUCUUGGGACGACUCCAUUCCACAAGAGGACAAUGAACAGUUCUCGGAAUGGUUGUCGCAACUGUCAAACCUAACCGAUUUAAAGCUGCCCAGGUGCUACGAGACAACCCACCAUGAUGAGCGUGAACUGCAUGUGCUGUGUGACGCCAGCGAGCAGGCAUACGCUGCUGUGGCGUACUGGCGGAUGCCGAAUAAGGACGGCGCCGCAGACGUCGUGCUGGUCGCUGCCAAGGCCAAGGUGGCGCCGCGGAAGGCGCAGACCAUACCGCGCUUGGAGCUGCAAGCCGCGGUCAUAGGGGCCAGGCUAGCCGAAGCUAUAAGAAAAGAGCAUCGGCUUAACAUAACAAGAACCGUCUACUGGACGGACUCAACCACAGUCGUGCAUUGGAUACAGCACGACGCGCGGCGAUACACGCCCUUCGUCGCGCAUCGCCUCGGCGAGAUCGCCGAGCUAACUUCAAAGGAAGAAUGGCGUUGGCUUCCAACGCAACUUAACGUGGCGGAUGACGCCACACGUUUAACUGCCGCACCCAUUGGUGCAAGUGAUAGAUGGUUUCAGGGUCCGAGUUUCCUCCAGAGCGGCGAGCACUGCUGGCCUUGCCGAGCCAGCCCCGAAGAUGACGACGAGCACGAGACGCUGCACGUCGCCGAGGCCCCUACAAGCUGGCUGCCUAACCCAGCCCGCUUCUCCCGCUACAACGUGCUGGUGAGGGCCACGGCGAGGGCGCUCUUGUUCGUUGACAAGUGUCGGCGCGCCGCCACCACGCUCGAGCUCCGCCACAUUGAACGGGCGGAGAAGGAGCUGCUGCGACGCUCCCAGGAAGAGAGCUUCGCGGACGAGAUGGCGCGCAUGCAGUCGGCGCGUCCCCUGCCACGGACGAGCCGGCUGUACAAGCUGGAUCCCGUCAUGGAGGACGGGCUACUCCGGGUGCGAGGCCGCAUCGAGGCGGCUACUGCACCAGCCGAAACCAAACGGCCAGUCAUACUGGACGGCCGUCACCCACUAACUAAGCUUUUAGUACAGAAGGAGCAUUGUGCUGCGGGUCACGCCAACAGGGAGCGCGUGACCAACGACCUGCGGCAGCGCUACUGGGUGCUGCGACUGCGCCCUACCGUGCGCGCCGUCGAGGCCAGCUGCGCCUUCUGCCGGCGCAGACGCGCCGUGCCCCGGCCGCCAGCUACAGGCGACCUACCCCGUGCCCGCCUGGACCCGUUCCACCGCCCGUUCACCAACUGCGGGGUGGACUACUUCGGGCCCAUGAACGUCAAGGUGGGCCGUCGCCGAGAGAAGAGGUGGGGCGCGCUCUUCACGUGCCUGACGUGUCGCGCUGUCCACCUUGAGCUGGUGGCUUCCUGUCAACGGACUCUGCCAUCAUGGCGCUGCGCCGCAUGGCUGCGCGCAGGGGAUGGCCGAGCAUCAUGUACUCCGACAACGGCACCAACUUCAGAGGUGCCGACGCCGAGCUUCGAGCAGCAUACAACGAGUGGUUGCCGGCCCUGA